GUGGCUCUCCAGGCCCUGGACACCUCUUCUGGGGUGGGGUGGGGGUUAAUGCUUUCAGUUUUAAAAGGUUUGCUUUCUGCUUUUCCACUUACGUCCCCAAACAUUCCAGAAGGGUCUUCUGAGGUGAAGGGGAUUUCUGGUCUGUUUUGGGUCUGUUUACUUUGUUCUCAACAGUGACACAGCCUAGAAUGAACUUCAGCAAAAUAAAAAUAGUUGAUCUGGGCAAGGUUUGUUUCAGGAUGUUUUCUUGGCUUUUGAGGAUUCAUGGUCCAUGAAUUGUGUGCUACUUUUUCCUCCCAUUGCAUAGCAGAGUAUCACUGGCUACCCAGAAAGCACAGGGAGGGAAUUCAAGGGUGGAGAAUCCCAGUCUAGUCACAAGAAUCUAUGGGAAUACUGAGUCCUGACAUCUACAUGUAAGACCUUUCUAACUCUUAGGAAGUUUUCUCAUUUUAGGAUGCUUUACCUAUGCUCAUACAUUGAUUUUUCUCCUCCUGGAAAAUCUGUGUUUAAUUCUCUUCAUUUUGUCAGCUUAUAAGACCUCGGUUACUCUUCCCAAGGAUGUCUAUAUUCUAAAAGUGCUGAGUCCCAGGCAAUUGGGAGGAACUAGAAUAGCACUGCUGGGUGCUUUAAAUAUGCUUUGGCCAGAUGAGAUAAGGUUUGCAACUGCACCACCCUGAUGACAGGUGUGGAUUCCAGAUGUGCCACUACAGGCCUAGAUUCACUUAAAUGAAUGAAGAACGAGCCAUUGACAGAGUUGAACUUUAAUAUGAGUCUGAUAGGCAUAGGGGCAUGGAAGCUUUGGGUCACUCUGCAGAAUUUUAAUUCUGAGUUAAAACAAAAUCAUUGGGGGAAAACUAAGCUGGAUAACUUUGAAAAGGUAGUUUGUUCACAGUCUGGUGGCAGCUCAUCUUACUCAGCCUGCUAGUGUGUGAGUGAAAAUCAAAUGGCCUAUGGUUGAAGAGCAGGAAAAAUACAUACUGAAUGUUUUUGAUAAAUAAAUACCUAAAAUUGUAAUUUUCUAUUACUUUUUCUGUCUCUGAGAUGUGUCUUCAGUAGGAGGUUUGCAAAAUAACUGCUUACGACUCAUGGGAAGACCAAAAAGCGUUACAGAUGCAUAUUAUGUCCCUCCAAUAUGAAUUAUUUUAUAUUAUAUGCUGAGUCCAUUAAAUAAUAGCUGUGGGUUCCCUAUGAUAACUUCAGACAUAACAAAAUGAGUGUCUUUUAUGUGCCUGAAAUGUGCUAGAUGGAUGGAUUUCUUUUUUAUUUUGUAAUUAUGUUUAUGCACAGGAAACUUUGCAGUGUUCAUUUAACCCAGUUUAGAGGUAAGUUUUUGGCCUUGGCAUUUUUCAGCUUGGAUAUGCAAGCCACAUAUUUAGGAUGAGGGACAUUACCUUCCCAGUGGCAGCAAAUCUCACUGUAUCUGUCAUAAUUGGCCAGAUAACUCUCACCAACUUACCCAGAGCACCGCUGUCCUCUGAGUUAAGGCAACUGUGGUGCAUAGCCUCCUAUGGACAACCUGCCCCAGUCUGACCUUCCCCUUAAUGAUGCAGUAAAGGACCCCUAUCUUGCCACACAGAGCAGGCAGGAAGACCAUGAGCUCAACUGGGUCUUUGUCAUGGGUAAUCACCACCAGCUGAGCCUUCUUGAUCUCUACUAAGGUGAUGACUGUAUUGAGCCCUGCUCAGAGGACAGAUGGUCUCCUAGUUGGGACAUCCCCUUUGCCAGCAGCUUUCUUCUAAGCAUGACCUGUACCUGUGGGCAAGCUUAAGCAGCUCUGUAGCUGUCAGGGGUCUAAGCCUGUGAACUGGUUAACUUUCACAGGAUGUACUUUGAGCCUUUUCUAGAGGAUGACCCUUUGCCUCUGCAACCUGGUUCAGGGAAGCCAUUUGACAAGGCAAGGGAGAUCUCUUUGGGGCUGGAUGUCCUGUCUGAUGCAGAAGUUCGUAGGACUGUUCUUAAAACAGAGGACUCACCACCGUUUGACCUCCUGUUUCUUCUACAGGGUAAAGGCUAGGGAAUCUCCAUAGCUCUUCUUUCCUUUGGUCAUGGAGCUCAAAUGGAGAAAGUGAUAGUAGAUAUUUUAGAAGGAAAAACAAGGAAAAAAGUGGGAGGAGAUGGCAUAAGCCUUCCCUACACCUGAAGCUUAAGAAAACGGAAACAGGAUAAUUAGUUAUUCUAAGUGCUGGGCAUGAACCCAAAUCACUAUCACCUUGAGCAACAGAGCAGAGCUGCCCUGAUUCCCCAAGUGUUGUGGGUGUGAGGACUUAGUGAUACAAGGUGCUAAUGAACUCACUCAGACAAUCCUGAUACACUGGCAUUUGUGGACCAGGGAUGGAUAACUUAUUCUAGGCUGCUGUUAUUCUCUGACUCUAGACUGCAAUCCUAUCCUUUUGAAGGCUCUCUCUAAUGUCUAGCAUUCUGACUAUCUAUCUAUGUCUUUAUUUUAAUGGGAGAUUUACCACAUGGUAACCUGUAUACUAAAUGCUUACAAUAUAGUAAUAAUAAUACCUUGUAUGUAUUAUUUGUAAGUUAUUGUUAAAAAUAUCAUUGUACUUUGACUUUAUUUUAGAGUAGGCUUUGACAAGCAAGUUUUUGUUUGCACUUUACCUAUAAGGAUACAGAAGUUAAACAAACAAACAAUUAACUAAUUUACUAAUGUUUUUCUAACAAACUGGUGAGCUAAGACUCAAAUCUCAGCAUUAGGGUUCCAGAACUCCUGUUGUUUAACCAUUCUACAUUAUUUUGAAACACAAAGAUUCUGCUUGAGUUCUUUAGAGUGACGUCCAUGAAUCUACUUCACUCAUGACCAUGAAGGAACACUAUUGCUUGUCAUGAAUGCUUUCUUAUACACCCCUAUGAUCACCUGCCCAGGAGUGGCAUUCUCACGAGCCUUAAUCACUACUAAUUAAGAAAAUGUUCCUACCAGCUGACCUACAGGUCAGCCUUAUGGAGAGGUUGUCCUUGUAGAUGCAUUAUUUCAGUUAAAAUUUCAUCUUCCCAGGUAUUUCUAGCUUUGUGUCUACUUGACAAAAAACAACUAGGACAUUUAACCUGUAUUCAACCUGACACAAUAUCACUACUAACAACUUUUCUUAUUUGUCUCUAAAUGAAAUAUGAAUAUUAAUAUUAUAAUUAAAUUAUUAAUAUUAUAAUUAAAAUAUUCCAAUUGUUUUAAAAACUCUUAUUGAAAAUAUUUUUACAUAAUAUAUUCUGGUCAUGACUUUCCCUUCCCCAACUCUUCCCCACCCAACUCCACCCUCUUUAGAAAACAAAUAACAUGUAAAUAAAAAAGGGAAACAGACCAGAAUUAAAACAAAACAACACAUAACAAAAACAAAGUACAAGAAACACACACACAUUCUACACACAUAGUACACACACACACACACACACACAUAUACACAGAGAGAGAGAGAGAGAGAGAGAGAGAGAGAAACAAAAUUCAAAAGCAAAAUCAGAAACCAUAAUAUAUGAGCAAAAGGCCAGCAAGACAAUGCCCAAAAGGUAACGAGACAAAAGUCAACAAAAAUGCCAUUGAGUCAUUGCGUUCAUUUUGGGUUAGCCAUCUACUGCUGGACAUGGUAUCUACCCCUAAGUAUCGUUAAUACUUUCAGUGAGAUAUUCCAACUUUUAAAACUCCCACUUUAUUUAAAAAGUCAAACAUUUGAAAGUCCAAAGUCUCUUUAAAAUACUCAAAAAUCUCUCUAAAAUCCAAAGCCUUUAAAAGUUUAAAGCCUCUUAACUGUGGGCUCCUGUACAAUCAAAGCUACUUUAAAUACUUCUGACUUCAAAAGAAAGAAACCUGGAUAACCCUGACAAUAAGGUCAAACUAAACUUCAACAGUGCAAAGGUUCUGUGUUCACUGUCCAGGACCCACUCAUGUUCCCUUGGGAUCCAAGGCUCCUUUUUAGGUCUAUUUUGCCAACUCUGCCAUUGAGAGGACACACACCUUAUCUCCUAGUCUCAAGAUAAUUCUAUUUCAUAGCCAUUAUCCUCCAUGACCAUCCCAUAGUAUUGACACCUCUAAAACCCUGGGUGUCUCCACUGCAAUUAGUUUACACCUUCACCAGCAGUCUUUCCUGGGUUUUCUUCAGGGACAGGCCCUGCCACAUGGUAUCAAGCCUCCACUUUUAUUUCUCAUCAUUCCCAGUACUGGGUCUUCUGCUGCAACUGAGCCUGCAACUUAACCAAAGACAUUCCCUGCACUCUCACAGUGCCAAACUUCAGCUACAGUCCCUGAGCCCUUCAUGCCUUCAAAACCAGACCAUGUGGGAGAAUCUUACAUAUCACUCAAAUUUGGGUGUCAGCAUUAUUUAGCCCUCUCUGGGCCACAGCUUUUGUGUGCUGACCCUAAGGGUGUACUUCCCAAAUGUUUUGCCUCUGAUUCUGGUCUCUUGUUAGCUCCAGCCAAUUCUUCAGCUCUAGCCGAAUAGAACCACAAAAUAUCAGAUGAGCCCUCUAGUCUUUAAAUGAGUUUCUAACUACCCCCCUGAAACGUCAGAAGACAGGACUCUACUCUCUGCAUUCUUACAUUCCAAGCUCCUGAACAAGAGCCUGCUGAGGUCUGAUCAAUGGCUUUUCUAGCCCAAAGUUCAAAUGCUACCAUAAUCCUACCAAAUCAUAGGGUCAGAUCUGUCACAGCAAUACCCCAUGACCUAGUACCAAUUUGUCUUAGCUUAUGUUGUUAGGAGAAAGCACCGUGACCGAAACCACAAUUCUGUAGCUCAUGGGGCCCAUAGCAAGUACAGAUUCUCCAACAUGCACUGUGAAAAAACAUGGUGAUACUUUCAUUUUCCUGAUGUUAGAAUGCUAACUGUGACUGACCCAACUUUGUUUAAGUAUGCCUAACACCCAAUGAUUCCAGUUCUCUGUGAUCAGUCAAGCAUGCAUAUUUCAUAUGACAUAUGAUUUAAUUCCAUAAAGUUCUAUGCUAUCACUAUUAGGAAUAAUUUGUAGACUGCAUGCCUGGCUUGCUCUGGCCAUCAGACACUACUGUGAGAUUCAAUAUCUAAUUCUGUGCAUCAGAAAGCUCGGACUCAUUUGAUAGGGUUUGUGUGUCUUCCUCCUCCAGCUACAGCAUGUAAUUGAUUUCCUUUUGUUUGUUCAUUGUUCUUCAAUGUCCAUUCACACAGGCCAUUUCAUUUUAUUCAUGGACAAUAAUUGUGUUUAUUCUGUUUUGCUAAAUGGGGAUAACCUUUUUCCUUUCCCUUCUUUUGAAAAGAUCUCUCAUGUGGAAGGAAUGAUGAGGUGUUCUAUUGAUCAGAUUUCUAAUGAGAGGGAAAAAAACAUUAAAUUGGCUGUUGAUGUGAGUUGCAUUCCACAUGCUUUAAUGUAAAAGCUGACAGCUGCUUUGGGUGACAUUCUAGUGGAGGAGGGUCUUCUGAUGAUAACAUUUGCGAAAGUGUCUUAGCUCCGUGCCAGUGUUUGAGAGUCAAGGAUAGUGGAAACAGUUUUCAUCUUUCAGUGAUUGACUCUUCGACUCAAAAAAGUACUGAUUGGGUUGUUUCAGUGCACUAUGAACAUGUGAGGCCUCAUCCCCUUUUCACAAAAAGAAGUCAGUGAUUGACAGUAACCUUUCCAGAUGUUUAGCAUCAUCAGUGCUACAGGACAAUUGUAGCAUCAUCCUACACAUCCAAGCCUGAAAGACGUAAAAUGGAGCCCUUUUUUUUUUUUGCCUUCUGCUUUGUUCCAGUGGUCUCAGGGUAAAAUGGAGGAUCUAAAAAUGACCUUCAUUUCAGAAAGAAGACAUCUUUUAGGAUAAAGAUUUCAGUCGACUACCCCAAAGACUUAGUAAUCAGGCGAGCAUGAAGCCUGACUAUCCCCUGCUUCAAAUUUGGUCCACUAUCCAAGUAGCAACCUUUGAUGGGACCUUGACCGAUCUUCAAAUCUCAUGAUACACACAGAUCACCUGGGAAGGCUUUUAAAUGCAUACUCUUAGGUCGUACUCCUAGAGAAACUGAUUCAUAAGGUCUUGUAUGAGGCCACUGAACUUUGAAUUUGGCAGCCCUCCCAAGUAGUUCUAACAUAGGUUGAUACAAGAGACACACUGAGAAAUUCUCUUCCUUCAUUCUGGAUAUCAGAGGGCUUUUAUGAGAACAAAGAAAAUGUAAGAUCAGAAUGUGUUUUGAGCACUUUCAAAGGAAACAAGAAUACCAAAAAUUAGAGGUCACAGUGCAGCCUCGUUCUCUGCCCCAGGCACUGACAGGAGUGAAAACCUCCCCUCUGUGUGUUAAAGUAAAGCCUGGAGUUUUCUCCCAGCACCCAGGAGUCUACAAAAGGAUUUCCUAGGUGACUUUGAUUUGUUGGGGCUUCACUCUGCUGGAAGCAAAAUUGGUCUGAUUAUGAACAACUUGCUACAAGAUGAAAGCCCUUUUCUCAGCUGCGAGAGGUGGGGGUAGGGGAAUGUCAGGAUGUGAGAGGGCUUGAAGCACAAUGCAGGAACCUGGUACACUCUGGAAAGGAAGGGAGUGAGGUUUUUGUGCCACACUGAGCACAGGCAUUAUGUUCAUUGAUAAAAAUUACAUUAGAUAAUUAAAUUUCUCCAAAAAAACCACAGAUGGAUAGAAAAAAAACAGAAAAAAGAAAGAAAGGAUGCUUUACACCCCUUCCCUAAUGCUAACCCGGUUAAACAGAGUUAAUGAACUAGUAGAAUUCUGGAAGAGCUAGUAUAUAGUAGACACAGAGAAGGAAAGUGAAAACAUUGUCAUACACAAGACCCUACUGGCCCUCAGUCCUAUAAGCAGUGUGAACUCUCCUGGGGAUACCAACAAGUGAUGUUCAAUUAUGAUCCAAGUAAAAAUAAAAUGUGCUGGAAAAUGGUGAGCUGCCUAACACUUUGCAGGCUGGGUGUAGGAAAGACACCCAGAACAACCAGCAGCCAAUGUACUACUUAAAAAACAACAAGAAGCAGCCAGAUUGUUUAGAUACAUGCUUUAUUCAUGUCUUUGAGCUAAUAACUUUGCCUUCCUAGAUGAGGAUGGGAAAAAUCUCUGAGAUCACUGUACCAUGUCAAGGCCAGAGUAACACUAAUGAAAAUUCUAUCAUGGGAUCCAUUCUUCACUAUGUCAGUAACGAUUUGAGUGCAUCUUCACACUACAUUUCUGAGUGGGGAUAAUUGAGGCUCAUCUGCUUACCCUAGCCUCACUCUCAGCUGCUACAGAGCUGGUUUCCUAAGCCUUAGAUAGAGCAUUCCUGCAGAGGAUCCUGACACCAAACAUGAGCUUUGUCAAUGCAUGUUGAAUAAGUACAGUUGUUCCCCUCUGGAAAGUUAUUCACUUUCAAUGGUUUCUGUUACUAUAGUCAACCAUGAUCGAAAAAUAGUAAACAGAAAACUGACAGAAAUAAUACAUACAUUUCCAUUUGCUGAGUAUCAGGAUUGAAUCUCAUAGUAUCCCACUUUAUUCCAUCUUGAAAUUGUUCAGCCUGUCCAUCCUGGGUAUGUUACCCACCUAUUGACCAUUUGGUGGUUAUCUGUGAAGGUAACUCGGUCAUUCUGUUCAACUAACCCUUAGUUAAUUUGGUAAUGGCUCCAAAUCACAAGUGUGGAAAGCAAGAAGUCACCAAGACAUAGAGAUUAAUUGUCCAGUUUUCAAGAUCUCAUAGAAACCAAACUAAAGUUCUGAAUUCCACACUAGCAAAUCAUUUACUGCCUACAUUCUACUACACAAUACAGAGUGGGAGGAAUGCUCUGUUCUAGAGACACUCAUUGGGAGUUUAUGACCAGCCUGCUCUUUGAACAUGUUGGCAAUUCAACAGAACACUUUGAAGGAUGCUUUCAAGCAACAGAAAACUUCUACCAGAAUAUCUGGAAAGAAAAAGGAUUAUUAUCUCUUAUCUAGUUUGGCAAACACCUCCCUGUAAAGAUAGCAAAAGACUGAGUCUUGUGAAUUGCUGAGAAUUCCAGCUAGAGGGGAAAGCUCCCAGGUGAGACCUUAGGUAUAUUAGGAUCAGGCAGGAGGCCAAUAUAUCUGAAGUUGAGCAAGCAAAGGAGGAAUUCAGGAGAAACAGGAGUAGAGAGCUUAGGCAGACAGAAGGAUCCUAUGAACUAUUGUACAAAUCUGGACUUCUGUCAAAAUGGAAUGAGUAUCCAUGGGCUGUUAGCUGUUCUUUCUAGUGACCAGUCAUGAUCACAUUGAAAGAAGCAACACCAGAAGGAGGGAACCCAGUUAUGAGAUUAUUCUAGUGUUUAGUUUUAUAGUAAUUCCUGAGAACGUGAAUGGCCAGAACUGAUCUAUUCCACUCAUGACCCAGAUUCUCUAUGUCCCCUGCCCUAUUGAUGUCAGCUUUGUCUCUUGCUAUCACACUUAGACCAAGUCACAUCAGUGAAAGGAUAUCCUGCUUUUAUUUUCCCAAAGAGCCUUUUCUACAAAUUCUCAGAGCAAGUUUAUUUUGGUACUCCCUGGCUAUACCCCGAGUCGUCAGCGCUCUUCUCAACCAGCUACUGCUAGGGAGAAUUGCAUUAACCUAAGUACUUUACACAUAGAAAUAACCUUUCAUUUGCCUGUGGGUCAGACUCCUCCUGCCUGAGUGCUAGACAUCACAACAAAGUCUGAGUUGUAUGAGGAGGAAUGGGGUACAAUUGAACUUGGCUCAACAAUAGUAUCAGAUUCAGGCAAAAGUGGGUGUGGCUUAAUCAGUGGUAUUACUUCCACUGGGUUUCAAAGGGAGGGGUCAUUACUUAAUUCUUUUUUUUUUUUCGGAGCUGGGGAUCGAACCUAGGGCCUUGCAUUUGCUAGGCCAGCGCUCUACCACUGGGCUAAAUCCCUAACCCCCAUUACUUAAUUCUUUAUAGUGCAUUUAUCACAGGCUGGUCUGAGUGCCAUAUUUUCUAGACUGAUUUGUCUUGCAGCUACUACUUAAAGUACAUGAGAUAGAAUAUUUGCCUUGUGUGUGCAUAUGAGUGUGUGUGUGUGUGUGUGUGUGUGUGUGUGUGUGUGUGUGUGUGUAAACUCAAAAUUGGUAUCAGGUAUCUUUCCCAAUUUCUUUUUUCUUGAGUAGGGCCUCUCAAUGAACUUAGAAGCUGAUUUGGCUGAAGUGGGGAAGUUGCUAGCAAGCAAGCAUAAGGACGUGCCUGUCUCUGUUGAAAUCUGGAGAUUGUGUUAUUUACUGGCAAAAACAACUUCUAGUUGUGGUGAGGUUCAGCCUUAGCACACACCUUUAAUACAAGAGCUGUUUAUUGUAAAUAGGAUUAAAUGAAGUCAACCAUAGGUCAAGAGAUGGUACUAGCAACCAGGUGAUAGGGAGUGAACAUGUGGGAAAAAACCAUAGAGGGUAAGACAGAAUCAAUAGGAUGGGUAGAGAGAUGCACAGGGAGUAGAAGAGAGGGACAUUCAGUUUGAGUGGGGUGGGAAAUAGUGCAGAGAUGGAGAACUUCCUUUUCGGUCAUCAGCUGAGGACGGUCAGCUAGGUUAUUUUUCUGCCUCCCUGAGUUAGCAGGCUUUCAUCCCAGCAUCUGGCUCCCAAGUCUUUAUAGGCCAAUAUGAAAGAUUGAGAUUUUGUUAAAGACAACAAAGUAUCCUGUGCUGGGAAUGAGCAUAGGCGUUACAGAGACGCACUGGCAUGCUUGGCUUGCCCAUGGUGCAGGAGAUCAAACCAAGGCCCGCAUACUGGCAUGCCAAUCCAAGCUUUCAUGGAUAGCAAGCUCUCCAGCCCUACUUGCCUUUUUAGUAAUGCAAAUGAAGUGCAUUAGUCAUUCUCCUAGUUAUUGCCUGUAUUAUUUGCUCAUGGUACUCAAAGGCCCACAGUUAAUAACUAAUCAUAUCGCCUCUCUGGGAGUAGCUCCUAAUUUCAAGUUCACACUUUUAUGGAAGUGUUAUAUCUUUUCCUUUUUCAUAGUUUUUUUCCUAACUUUUAAUCUAGUUAGUAGUGAUUUUGUGGCUAAUUUUAUAGCUCUAUCACUAAAUAUAACUUUGAAUUUCUUUUGCCUGCUUUGUCAAUAAACAUAAACUGGGCAGAAGUUGAAAACACAGCAAACCCUGAAUUCUCCCAAAUCUCUGGUGCAGUGGAACUCACCUUCUGAUCCCACAAGUCAGCUUUGGGAAAGGAAAGCUCACAGCACAUGGGAGAUUUUUCAGUUGGUGACACAGCUAAAGAUACUGUGCAACUUGACCAUGUCAGAGCUGGGGUUUCUACAUUCAGUGAUCAUUCUUUGUAGGUUAUUUUUUAUUAUGAAUAUUAUCUCCAUAAUUUUGCUAGGUGUUUGCAUGAAUGUGCUAUAUGUGUGUAUGAUGCAGACGUAGGAGUGUGCAUGUCCACAUGAACUGUCCCAUGAAGAGUCCAGAGCAAAAUGUUGGGUAUCUUCCUUUAUCACGAUUGCGCCCUGUACCUCAUUGCCUAGGAAGCUACCAGUAACCCAGAAGCUCACUGCUUGAGAAGGGGGAAGGGAUGCAGGGGCCUGUGCAGAAGUCACAGGAGGAUGUUCGGGGUGGUCCUCUAAUGCUCUCUGCAUUAGUUCCAUGAGAUGGGGUCUCUCACUUAAGCUGCAUCUCACCAUUAUUCUCCUAAGCCCAAGUAACCCUGUUGCCUCUUUACCCACCAACAUAGGGAAUGCAAGUAUGUGCAGCCAUGCCUGGCUUUUUCUAUGGGUGCUGGGGAACUCAGCUCCUUAUGCUUGAGUAUCAGGUUGCCCAGCAAAGUCUCCUGAGAUCUGCCUAUACCUGUGCCAUAAUGCUGGGAUUACAGGCAUGGGUAGCCACAUCUAACUUUUUAUGUGAGUGGUGGAACUCAAACUGUGAUGCUCAUGCUUGCAGAACAAGCCUUUAUAUCCACCAUGCCACCUCUUCAGCUCCUUGUUAACUGUUUCUAAGGAGUCGUUAUUACAUAUUACCAAGAAUCCACUUAGAAUUUGAAGUAGCCUUUCACAACAUCAUGGCGUAAGUCAUUUUUCAGUGAGUGCUUCUUGUUCAUCUACUCCAUUAAUCAACUGUACAGGUAAUUUCAGUGCGGGCAGGUCUCUGCAAAUGAAAUUCAAGUGGUAAUGAUUUCAGAGUAUUAAUAGUAACCACAUGUUUUCCAAGUAAAACUAAUUUUAACAUUUUAACAUUUUAACAUUUUAACAGUUUAACAUUUGCACAUGCUUCAGAGUCUACCUUCUUGCUGUGGUUGAGUGUAUGACUCAUGAUAACAGCACCUUCCUGUCUCAUGUACUGCAGAGGGUGUUUUUAAAUGAGUAACCUACAGGGGGUAGGGCAUGGCUCAGCAAGUAAAGGCAUGUUGAUACUCAAUCGUUAAGAUCUGAGAUUCCUAACACCCACAGAAAAGACCAGGUAUAGCUGCACAUACCUACAACCUUAACGUUGGUAGGAAAAGAGGCAACAGGGUCAUUGGGGCUUCUUGGCCUAACAACUUAGGAGAGAAACAGUGAAGUCCAGCUUAAGAGAGAGACCUCAUCUCAUGGUAAUAAUGGAGAAAGUAUUAGAGGACCACAUCCAAUCUCCUCCUGUGACUUCUGCACUGGCACCUGCUUCAUCCACACAAUCUUCCCUUCCUCCCCCUUUGUCUCUCACUCCCUCCCAUGCCCUCCCUCUCUCUCUCUCUCUCUCUCUCUCUCUCUCUCUCUCUCUCACACACACACACACACACACACAUGCACACACACGCACACACGCAUGUGCAAAGUUAACAAACUUUAGUUUUAAAGGCCAACUCUGAGGUUACUUUUUAGAUAUAUGUAUUAUUUUUCAUGGGAAUCUCUACUGUGAAUUCCUGGAAGAAACUUGAGGGGACUGGAGAAAAUUUCACCACAUUUGAGAAUGUGAACCACGGUGAAUGGGUUGCUUGAAUUUGGAUCCCAAUGAAUCCUCUUCCCAUCACUUCGUAUAGAUUGCACAUAACCUCAUUAUGUUGCCACUCCACCUUACUGCUAUGUGAGGCAGUGACAUGGUGCUUGCUCCUUCGGAGGCUUGUGAGGAUGAAAUGAUAACCCGCAUAAAGCAUAAAGUGAUAAAUAAGAUUCUAAUAAACACUAAAUCAUGCUGGUCCUCUACACUUAAGGAUGUAUUUACUCCUUUGUAUUCAAUAUGCUUGUCAAAUUGGCCAAAUGGCUGACAAAUAGCCCUCAGAUCCAGGUAGUCACUGAAGGGUAUAAGCAAUGACAAAUCUCAUCUUAACACCUGAGAAGGAUCCUAAGUUCAGGUCCCACUGACUUGGUGCUAUGAAAGCUGAAGAGAAAUCAUAGUCAGCACGCAUACUCUGUUACUUAACACUUCUUAUGCCUAAUCAACAUGCCAUUAGCCAUGUAGUGUUUCUGAGCCAGAGCCUAACACAAUUUGAACACUUAGGCUCACAGCUGGUAGGUUGAAGAGAACUGGAAGAUCAGUGCAAACUCUCCACAUGUUGUGGACGGAGAAUCUGGAUACAGGAAGGAAUAGCCACAAUCAAUGCUGGAGUUCACUCUUCCAUAGUCCCUUGUGAUGUUUCCAUUGCUCAGCUUGGAAUACCCAAGAAACAGUACACAGACCAUAUGAAGCUCAAGAAGGAAGACCAAAAUGUGGAAGCUUAGGUCCUUCUUAGAAGGGAGAACAAAAUACUCAUGUGAGGAAAUACAGGAUGAAGAGUGGAUCAGGGACUGAAGAAAAGGCCACCUAGAGACUGCUCCACCUGGGGAUCCAUCCCAUAUGCAACCACCAAACCCAGUCACUAUUGCUGAUGCCAAGAAGUGCUUGCUGACAGGAGCCUGAUAUAGCUGUCUCCUGAGAGGCUCUGUAUCUUCUAACUGAUACAGAUGAGGAUGCUCGCAGCUAACCAUUGGACUGAACAUGGGGACCUCAGUGGAGGAAUUAGAGAAAGGACUGAGGUAACUGAAGAGGUUUGCAACCCUAUAGGAAGAACAGCAAUAUCAACCAGUCAUACCCCCCCAACAGAGCUCCCAGGGAUUAAACUACCAACUAAUGAGUACACACAAAGGGACCCAUGGCUCCAGCCACAUAUGUAGCAGAGGAUGGCAUUGUCUGGCAUCAAUAGGAGAAGAAGCCCUUGGUCCUGUGAAGGCUCAUUUCUCCAGUUUAGAGGAAUGUCAGGGUGUUGAAGUAGUAGUGGGUGGGUGGGAGUGAGAGCAUCUUCAUAGAAGCUGGGGAAGGGGAGGGAAGAAAAGGGAUAACAUUUGAAGUGUAAAUGUAUAAAAUAUUCAAUAAAAUAAAAACAAACAAAAAAGAAACAGACUAAAUCUUCACUGACCUUUCCAGUUAAAAAGCAAGAGAUGGCUAUUCAGCCUUUAAAAUGAAGCAGUUGUGUUCGCUUCCACAGCACACAUACUAAAGUUAGAACGAUGCAGAGAAGAUUAGCACAGCUCCUGCACAAAGAUGACAUGCAAAUUUGUGAAGUGUUCCAUAUUUUUCCAUCCAGAGACCACCACACCUUGGGACCCAUCCAAUCCACAGAUACCAAACCCCAACUCUAUUGCUGAUGCCAAGAUGUGCUUGCAGAUAGGAGCCUGGUAUGGCUAUGCUCUGAGAGGCUCUACCAGCACCUGACUAAGACAGAUGCAGAUACUCAGAUAUUGGACUGAGCCCUGGGACACCUGUGAGGACACCCUGAACUCAUUUUGAUGCUCUAAAUGAAAAUUUGUAUGCUAUGAUCUAUUUUCUCAACAGCUCUUGUCCUUAAACCUUGAAAAAAACUCCCUACUAUUCUUUCUGUUUUAUGCCUUUGACUUUCUGAGAUCUCACAAGCAGUAACGCGAUGUUGUGAUUAUCUUUCUGAGACUAGCUUGCUUUACCUAGCAUUGAUGUAGGUUCAUCCAUGUUGUUACACACAGUGUGACUACUUCAUUUGAUUUUUUAUUUUUUAAAAUUAUUUUAUUUGUUUAAAUUUCAAAUGUUAUCCUCACCCCCUACUUUAUCCCCCGCUUUGCCUCUAAGAGGGUACAACCCACACACCCACUCACUUUUGCCUCACCCCUCUAGCAUCCCCCUUCUCUGGGGCAUCAAGCUUUUACAAGACUAAGCUACUAAUGCCAGAUAAGACAGUCCUCUGCUACAUAUGUAGUGGAAGCCAUGUACCAGCUGAUAUAUACUCUUUGGUUGGUGAUUUAAUUCCUGGAAGUUCUGAGGGGUCCAGUUAGUUGAUACUGUUGUUCUUCCUAUGGUGUUGUAAUCCUUUUCAGCUCCUUCAACCCUUUCCCUAACUAUUCAUAGGUGUCCCAGGGCUCAGUCCAAUAUCUGAGUAUCUGCAUCUGUCUUAGUCGGGUGCGGGUAGAGCCUCUCAGAGCAUAGCCAUACCAGGCUCCUAUCUGCAAGCACAUCUUGGCAUCAGCAAUAGAGUUGGGGUUUGGUAUCUGUGGAUUGGAUGGAUCCUAAGGUGUGGUGGCCUCUGGAUGGAAAAAUAUGGAACACUUCACAAAUUUGCAUGUCAUCUUUGUGCAGGAGCUGUGCUAAUCUUCUCUGCAUCAUUCCAAUUUUAGUAUGUGUGCUGUGGAAGCGAACACAACUGCUUCAUUUUAAAGGCUGAAAAGGCAUUUCUUGCCUUUUAACUGGAAAGGUCAGUGGAGACUUGGUCUGUUUCUUUUUAUUUUUAUUGUAUAAAAAAUAAUUUUUAAAAAUUAUUUUAUGUGUGUGUAUGUUUUUCCUGCAUGUAUGUCUAUGUAUCGUGUGCAUGCCUUGUACCUGCGGAGGACAGAAGAGGGCUUCAUAUCCUCUGGAACUAGAGUUACACACAAUUGUGAGCCAUCAUGUGGGUGCUGGGGAUCAAACCUGGUUCACUGGAAUUGCAGCCUGUGUUCUUAAUUGCCAAGCAUCUAUCCAGAGCCCAAGGAAGACAACAGGACAAAGGCCAUGUCUAUCUAUCUUGUUCAUGUCAUACCAUUCCUGGAACUCUUGAAAAACCAGCAAUCUUAAUACUAAGACUGAUUCUCAGCACUGGGUAGAUGCAGCAUUGUAGGUGCUGGGAACUAAUUGAGUCAGGCUUCCUUAGUUCAGGCAGCAGUGGAGAAGCAUAGAUCCAGCAGACACAUUCAGCCAGCUCUGUGAUCGAAUUCUGUAACCUGUGAGUAUGGCAGUCCAUGUCUCUAUGCCUUUCUCUUUAUCAGUACAAACAAGAAGUGAAGAUACUUCAAGGGCCCUUGUGAGAAUUAAAUUAGCUAAUUCAUGUGAAGUAUUUAACAGUCCAGCAUAAAAUACUAACUCUGCCCUUGAUAAAGCCCAAUCUCUAGUUAGUUUCGAUGCUUAUUUUCUCAUACCGACAGCUCAGUAAAGGAGAUUUCCUAAUACCAAGGUUUGGGGUAGAGGAAACUGAGAUGGCAACAUCUUAAAUGACUAUUUUCUCCCAACCUAUCAACUGUAACUUGAGAAACCUGUAGUUGAAACCUAGAAAUGUAAACCACGGUGACUGCAUGUGGCAGAUAGUCACGCAGGUUCUGGAGUUAGCUUGCUAAGUUUGAGACACACUGACAUUCCUAGUAUGUGUCAUUGUUGUGUGGUAAAACUUUUCCUAGAGAGAUACAACCCACAUCUAUUCAGCAUAUAUAUUAAAUAUAUGACAGACCAAUAUACCUUUAACACCAAAGUCCAACAUGGUGAACCAUGAAACUUAUUGGAGUUAUUUACAGGAAUGUGACUGAGUGGUUACAUACAGGAGCAGAAAUUACUCAAAGACAGCUGUAUCACCAAAGCCUACAACAGCAUGGUUGACAGGUCAUGAAAGCUAGGAAACUUGAAACACACUGCAUAGCCUGCAGUUGGCUCAACAUGUUGAAAAGCACCUUUUCCAAGUGACUCAAUUGGUUUAAAUCUCUUCCAAGACAAUUUGGCUGGUCUCUGCUUCUUCAAGUCAGCUGGUCUGGUCUUAGGCUUCUUUGUACCCUGGAUGAGAUUCCUCUUUGCAACUUGUCUCUUUUCUUUCUCUGAAAGGGACUCUCAGUGUUUAUUAUUUACUCUGGAAGAAAAGGGCCUAGUGAGUCUGGUCAACUUCAGGAACUUCCUGAGGCUAUUUUGAGUUGUUUGCCUUUGUGUUUAAGGAGUUUUACUACAGUCUCAUUGGAAACUGUUAUGCAAUGGUCAUUAUAAAGGUUUUAGAGUCCUUAUGUUCCAAGAAUAAUAGACAAGAUGUCACAGAAGGGUAUCCAGCUUUAAAAUGAGAGCUUCCAUCUGAUCACUGAGCAUGGGAUCUGGCCUUUAACUCCCUACACACUCUCAUCUUUGCUUCUAAUGGUAAUGGCUAUAGUCAACUCUAGAUACUUACUCCAAAAGCCUCCCCAAGCUGAAAGUCAUCCUAAGCUCUGCUCUCUUAACUUCCUAGAUGUAGACACUCACCUGCACUAAGUCCUGUGCAUUCUGCCUCAUAAACAUUACAGUCCCUUGAAACUCUCAGACACCUCGCUAUCUCUUUGUCACCAUCCUGCUUUGAAUUCAAUCUUGAUUUGUCCCAAAUAUCUUUAUCUUAAUCACUUCCAAUCUACUGUACAAAGAAGGAAAGCCUUUCUAGUCUGCACAGUAGCUGGCUUAAACAAGUAUUUAUUGAAAAUACAGAUGCAUGCUUAUAUUGGUAUCGUCUCUAUAAUCAGCAUGAAAAACAAAUAAGACAAGAGACUCUUAAGAAAUUCAUUUUGUGGCAUUUCUUAUCACUAAGUUCCACUCCUCAUCAGUAUACUUGGUUGAUAGAAUGAUUUCAUUUUUAAAUGAUUAAUCAAAGACUAGACCCAUCAAUGUGCCAUGUAUCGACAAUUGCCUGAAAGGCCAAGUUAGACUAAAAGAUGCACACAUUUGUGUGUGUGUGUGUGUGUGUGUGUGUGUGUGUGUAAGUGUCAAAACACUUAAAAAGCACUGAUGCAGAGAAUUUAUAUACCACAUGUAUGGGAAAUCAGGGUGGAGAAAACAAAGUCUAGUGUGUUCCAAUCAGAGUUUGUGUUAUCUUUGCGUAGCUAGUGUGAUCUAUCCUCAACCUAGGUCUUUGAUACCAUGUUUCUAUAAAGCAGACUUCUUCCCCAUCCAGAACAACAGAAUGUGAUUUCCCUUCCCAUCCCCAGAUAAUAUUUCCCAAUGUCAGAAAACACUUGUGAUUGCUAUGACUUGAGUGAGGGCAGGAACACAAGAGAAGGAGAACUUGGCGUGAGAAGGAGAAUAACAUCACUAAGCAUCCUACGGUGCAGAAUGGUCACUCCCCAGUGCUACAUCACCCUACCUAAAACAGCAUCAUUGAUGCUGGUUAUGUGGAGUCUGGUGUCAAGCAAAACAUACAGACUAAGACAACAAGAUAAACCUUUAUGAACCCUCUGAUGUAGUAUAGAUGCAGACAGAGUGGCACAUGAUACUUGAGUUACUCACAUGCAGUUUGGUGUGGACAGUGUGAUACUCCCAAGGGGAAAACGUUCGUUCUGAAUGAGGAUAUCAUUCCUGGAAGAACAGCGGAGUGUUUUUUCCUUCAUGGCUUACUGAAGGAUUUAUUGUUAUAGCUUUUCAAAAUAACAGGAAAAUGGGUUAAAAGUAUCUUGUAGAAAAACCAUUAAAUCCAAUCUCUGAGAAGCCUUUUCUACACCUUUUAAGGGUGCCUGAAGGCGUCAGAAAAUGAAGAUUUUCUACCUGGAUUCAUGGAUUGGCCUGUCUUAAAAUUCUCUCUAAUGUUCUCCUCUGUCCACAAAGAGAUAUGGGCUGAGUCCUAGGGAAUGCUCAAAGGUCACAGUAGCUAUCCCAGUGAGAGAAAUCCUUGAAAAAUGCUGUUAUUAUCUCAGCAUGAGGAUUUUUUUCAUAUCACUCAUUAUUUAAUUAAGACCCAGGGUUAUGCAAGAAGGAGGAAGACAGUGCCAUUCUUCUCAAGUAGCCAAACACACAUUCUAACCUUGGGAUGCCUUCUUUGGAAAGACUUUGAGGUGAUGUACAUAUUGAAUGCCCAGACUGCUGUUGUCCAGGGAGUCCACUAUUUCCAAAUGAGAAAUAAUUAAUGCAUAGUCUAAACACAGCAGUUGGAAUUUGCUUUACUUAUUUAGAAUAUGUUCUAUUAUACAUUAGCUUAGAAUAAAUUGGGGCAAGGGAAUGAAUGAACUGGAGUACUUUAACCAAACUAAUGUUUUUCCCAUUACCUCCUAUUCCUAGAAUAUUCUUGCAAUUUGUCUCCAUACUUUAAAGUUUAUUUCAAAGCUCAUCUAAAAACACUGCAAAUUCCAGGAACUCAUGAAAUCUGCCCUAAUUUCCUAAUUAGGCACAGGGAUUUCUUAAUCUGUGUUCUAUCUGUCACUAUGGUAUGGCCCUUGUGUAUUUUAUGAUAUGCUGGUGUUUUUAGUACCUCAUUUACUUUCCCUCUAUCUCUUAUUCCUUUUCCUGAUUUGUUCCAUGUUUCUUGUUCAUGUGUAUGUUCUGUACAUUAUGAAUUCAUCCAAACCCACGUUCCCUGACACCAUUCAAUGCAUAUUGAACCCCUGCAGUCAUGAAGCAAUAGGUGUGUGGAUUGGGUUAAAUUUCUGCUGUGUGAUAAUAGAGGUCCUUAACAAGUUCUUCCUUUCAAAUGGAUACAAAUGUAGACUUUACCAUGCCUGAUCAAACACUCACAGAUAUGAAGUUCAAUCUAAUUUAUGGUGCGUUGGCCUAGACUGAAUGGAGAUAAUUUCAGAUCAACUAACCCAGUCAAGUGUCCUCAUGUCCCCGCAGCCCUGGGUAGGUGUGAGUCAGACCUUUGCACUGGAACCUCAGCCUUCCACCCAGUUGUCUAAUCUCUCUGUAAAUCCCUUCAUGUAUAAACGGAUAAGGUUGUUUACUUUCUCCUAAAGUUUUUAAAGAAGUUUGAAGGGAAUAUUCUAGGCUGUGUGUGCUUAGCAGAGUGAUAAGGACCUAGUAAGAACUUGGAAGAACUCAAGAACUGAACGUUACUCUUAUUACAAUUUUUAUCAUCAUCUAUUAAAACUAAAUCCAUGUCUAAAGUAAAUUAAACUAAAGCCAUGUCUCAGAGCUUCUCAAUAUUGUAGUUUUGGCUUGCACUGGUGUCUCUCCAUCAAUAUGGAAGUACUAUUUAUCUGCUCCCUACAGAUUCUGUGAGAUGGCUGGAUGUGUGUGUGUGUGUGUGUGUGUGUGUGUGUGUGUGUGUGUGUGUGUGUGUGUGUGUGUAGGAAACCUGCUUGACUUCACUAGGCUUCGGCUCAUGUAGCCUGUUCAAUGAGAGCCAAUUAUCUUCGGUCAAAACCAACUACAUUUUGUUUCUUCCUUUGCUGUGUGGUACAACUGCUCCCUAAACUGAGCCUGUACUUAAUGUCCAAGUCCCCUUAAUCAUAUCUUCAGCUGGCCCUGUCUCUGUUGCCUUUGUCACACACCAAGGAAGCCAGCAGGAUAAUUGGUCUAGACUGCCAAUCAAACAUAUGAAUUACAUCACUGGUGAUGACCCUGAUAGGUCUAAGUGUAUUAGUGUGAGGGUAUGAGCACACAUAGCAUCUGUGGCUCGUCAGAGCUUGCAUUACAGUGAUGAAACAGAGCUGGGGAUGUGACCUCCUAGCAUGUUGGUUGCCCUGGCACCCAGCAUGAUAAAAACUAAAACAGAAAAGGCAGGGAAGAAAAAAAAGUGUGUUGUUUUAGAAAGAAUUCAAUACUUAAAUUCAGAGAGAAAGAUUGUCAUGAAUGUAAACUGGCUAGGGUAAAUAAUUUACAGCUUCUCUCCCGGUGUAUAGAUGCCUCUUAUUUAGAGAAGUUACUCCUGACCAUCUGGGUAAAGCAGUCAGUCUUCCAUGCCCUCAACCUUACUUCCCAAUCUCCUUUGUACCAUAUGAAGUCUCAUUGUUAGUAGAAUGCUUAUUUUUUUCACUGUCUCACUCAUAGAGAAAGCUACUUUAAUCCACCGAGUCCCUGGUGGCUAGGAAAUUGGUUGAGUAUCCAAUACCUGUUGGGAAGCUCGUGUGAAUGUGUGAUUCCGUUUUGGAUGUUGUUUUGUUUUGAGGCAGGGUCUCAUUAGGUUGCCAUGGAGCUCCUUCAUAUCUGAGGCUGACCUUGAAUUUUUAUCUUCUUUUCUCUACUUCCCAAUACCAAGACAAGGCAGUGUCAUCAUGCUCAGUUUUAUGCAUGCAGGGGAUCAAACUCAGGGCUUUCUGCACGUCACGCAAGCACUCUAGUGCACACAUGAGUUAAAUCUUUCUUCCAUAUCAGAAUUUACUAUGCUGUGGGUUCACAACUAACUAGAAAAUAGGAAGACUGAGCUAGAAAUGGUCAAGUUCUGCCUAUUCAAUAUAACUCAACUCUAUCCAACAUGUAUUCAUGUCACUCUGGAGUGUUCUAGAAAAUGAAUUCUGAACUCAGAUUUCAAUAGACAGAAGUCAAAUUUCUACCUUCCUGCAAAUUAAUCUGGCUGGCUUCAGAUAGCAAACAGAGUUACCAAUGUAAUUGAAUUACACUUAAUUCUGUAUCAGGCAGACUUCUGAGCACUUCAUUGGAUUGUUUUAUUCUUAUUACAGACUUUACAUUCAGAAUGAAUAUUAUGCCUGAAGAAGGGGACAGAUGAUUUACCUGUCUUCUGUUCUCUAGAUUUCUGAAAUAAAUAGAUGCUCAAUAAAUAUGAACCCUAAUUAGUAAGUGUUUUGAAAGGGGUAGGCAGUAUCUGAUAGAGUAUGAUAAGGGGAUACAGACCUAUCCAGUGCAUUAUUAAACCUGUCCCUCAAGGUGACAUUUUACUUAAGGUUUCAUAGUCCAAUGGUAACUUGCUUUGACUUGAAAGUGAAAGCAAGAGCAGGCUCCUCUGGGUUGGUCAGAAAAAAGCUACCUUUUCCCACAUGGGGUUUUUAGCAAAAUGAAAAAUAAAAACAACAAACCUAACUGCACAGGGGAUUUAAAAGCUACAGGAGGAGUCCUCCAUACUUUCCCCACCAACUCCUGCUUCAGUGAGAGCAGGAUGGCUCCUGUGGGGGUCAAGCAGUCAGGAGGCCAAAAGUCCACGCACCCUGAACAGGAGAUUCAGCUGAGACUUGUCAGAACAAAGUGAUUGCUUCUGAGCGCCCCAGAGUUCUGUCUACAGAAGUUUGGAGCAGUCAGUUCUCUAACAUAGUACUCAAGAAACUUGAUUGCUUUUAUCUCUCCCUUGUUUGAUGUCUAAAUCUCCCUGGUAUAAAACAUCUGGGGGAAUUUCUCUCUGGACUCUACAGGGCUCCAGAACCUUCUGAAAUUGAACCUAACAUGGAUCACUUUAACUUUCCUUCCUUCUAAGUCUAUAAUUUUCCUAUUGGAGACUUGUUUUCUACUCUGGCUUCCAAACCCCGAGACACACCACCAACCCCACCUCUGCCAUUGCCAUUUCUUCUUAAGACUUAAAACCUUUCCAGUGACCCUAAUGUUCUCUCUGUGCUAAAAUCAGAGUUAUCAGAAGAAAUUACCCUUUUAAUUUAGGUGACUAUUAGCUCUUCAUCUGUUAUGACCAUCCCCUCCCAGUGAUAGGGCUAUUUGUAAAUAGCACCUAAAGGCAGAAGUGUGGAUGUCUAACAUUAGCCAUUAGGGCUGUAUAAGCCCAAUGAAUUUCCUCAUAUCUCCUUCUUGCAGCCAUGGCUACCAUGAGACUGCAUUAGCCUGCUCUUAUCUGGACUGUGCGAUCCUUUGUAGCAGGGAUCCUACCUUAUACUCAGAACCCAUCACUUCAAAGGCCUGAUCAGCCAUCUCAAUGACUUUAAACUAUUGGAUGAAAUUGGCAAGGAACAUGGUUCAGGACAAGAGUACUGGGGGGAAACAUUCAGCUGUGCUAACCCAUAAAAGUAAAACAUGAAACUAAACUCCUUCCUGAACAGGCUUUUGAAGCUUUGAAGUAUUUUGUUAUCCCCACAGGAUCUGAAUCAACUGGUCCAGCACUGUAAGAACCUAAAUCAUUACUAGAUAGUUCUAGGGCAGCAGCAUGUCCCCUUUCAAAUAAUUCAUCAUGUCUUCACAGUCUGUUUUUUCUUCUGUAAAAUGGGGUUGGUGAGAAGAUCAAGGAGGAAAAAAAGCAGGAAAGCAGGCAGAAGCGAAGGAUGCUUCGUAUGUUUGCCCAAGGACAGUCCCUGAAGGAAGUUUCCUGGUUUUUCUCCCCUCCCUAUUCUUCACAAGGACAGGUAGGGAUUUCGGACACUAAAUCAACCAUUUUAAAUUGUGUUGGGGAAUUUAUUUUCACCUGAAGCCAAAGAGUGCUGAGAGUCUCAGCAGUGGGUAAGGGUUAGCAGUGUAAGGGUUAGCAGUGUCUUUCCUGGGACUUGAACACAAGACUGUGGGUCUCUCCCUAUUGAUGGGGGAGACAGUAUUUGAUUUGUUUCCUUUUGUUUUUAUUUAAUUUGCUGCAGAUAGAUAUGGACAAAACAGUUCUCUUUGUCUCUCUCUCUCUCUCUCUCUCUCUCUCUCUCUCUCUCUCUCUCUCUCUCUCUCUCUCCACUUGCCCCUUGCUGUUGAUUCAGAAGGCACCUCCUGCAUACAAGACUACUGCACCCCUGAUGUUAAUGCAGAAUGGAAGUUUGUGGUUCCACGGCUGCCAUAAUGGCUUUGGUUGAAUGAUCUAUGUUUCACUUAUAUAUUUUGAUUUACUUAUUCAUCUGCUUAUUGAACUAAAAUCCAAUGAGUAUCUGCUUUGUGCCAGGUACUGGUUCCACAGAUGAAUUAGACAUUGAUGUCUCCCUGGAACAGUUUCCAAUAAGAUUGUAUAGGUGUGACAAGUAAUUACAGCACUAUUCUCUGACUGAGGGUAGCUCUUGCUACUAAUAAUACAAAGAACCAAGCUUAUGAAGCAGUGACUGCAGGAAGCAAGGAUCCGUGGGCAUGUGGAGUCCUGAGAGUCUGUGUGCAGAUGGCACAGGCACCACCAUGUCACAUACUCCAGUCUUAGACUCAUGGAGAAAAUAGCAAAGCCUUCUCAAGAGUGAAGCACAGGAGGAAAUGGCAAAGCCGUCCCUUCUGAUUGGUGUGUGGUUAUGGACAGAAUGCAGAAAAUGCCCACCAUACUUUCUCCAUCCACCCACGAGUCAUUUCCCUCUUGAAGACUGCUAAAGCCUGUAUACUGUAAACUUUGCCUUCUUGUUUAUCUUUGUACAAAAACUCAGCCUCUCUGGUAAACUCUAUGUAAUAAACAUGCUAAGCUUUAAAAAACAUUGAGAUUUCUCCAGUCAAGAACUGCCUGCAAACUACCCAGUUCUAGCUUUUUGUCUGUCUGUACGUCUCUGUCUGUCUGUUUUUCUUGACUUCAUUCCCUGUUGCCCCAGUCAGGUGCAAGUCCCUGGAGGCCAUGCAUAGACUGGUCAAUGUACGAUUUGCUAAUUCCUGUGCAUGUAUCAUUCUGCUCACCCUCACAAUACUGUAUGAGAUUUCUUUAUUACCCUUAUCAUCAUGCUAUUUGGCCUCACGUUGCCUAAGGUCACACUGUGAGUCCAAGUCAAGAACUCAGAAGGCUGUCAAACUUCAAUGCCACAGUCUUAACCACACCCACCACUCAGAGGCUCUCGGAGGGGUAUAUGGUCAGAGAUGAUUAAACUGGCACAGCAGCAAUGUGGGCGUUUAUCAAAUGCCUGCAAUGUGCUAUGUGUUUUAUACUUAACUAUCUCACUUUUUCCAAGAAUACACAUGCCAAACCUUGUUUUUUCCCCCAUUUGACAGUUGAAGAAACAGCAGCCGUGUGUUAAAUGGCCACACUCUGCUUCACUGCUGAUCAGAAAUUGAAUGUGUGUCUCCUAGGAAGAACCUACACCCGCCCACUCCAUGCUCCUGGGUUCUAAAUUUGAAGUCAUCACAGGGCAAACGAGAUCAGUUAGGUCCAUGGUUCUCUACCUUCCUAAUACUGUGACCCUUUAAUACCAUUCUUUGUGUCGUGGUGACCCCCAACCAUGGAAGUAUUUUGUUGCUACUUUAUAAUUGUAAUUUUUCUAUUGUAAUGAUUAAUAAUGUAAACAUCGGAUAUGUAGGAUAUCUGAUAUGUGACCCCAGUGAAAGGGUUGUUUGACCCCCAGAGGGGCUGUGACCCAGAGGUUGAGAACCACUGACUUAGGCAUUUUCAAACUGCACCUUACUAGGAAUGGCCUACUAUGCUAGGCUAUGGGUUGAAGGAGAUUUUUAUGGUGAUCUCUGUACUAAAUGGACUGGCUCUCCCAGCCAGGUGUUUGUGUUUAGGUUGUGAUAGACCAGAAGAUGGGGGUGGGGGGAGCAGUGGGAGUGUCUGUUUACAUGCUCAUGUUCUGCCUUGCUUUAUAAUUCCUCAGUCAUAUUCUCACCUAGACAUGUAAGCACACUUCCUUGGUGCUCAGUUAAAUACAGUAGAGAGCCUGUGAUGUCCUAAAAACAGUUCUGAGGUUUUCAAGGCACUUCUUAUUUUAAAUCUUAUUUUUAAAAGCCCCUUUCAGGGGAAUAUCUGCUUUCUUUCACUGACUAUUUAAAUCAUUCCCUUGUGUGCCUGAAUACAGCACAAAGGACAUUCGCUCUUUCUCUUCAUCAUAUACAAUAGCGUCUUUGACAGAACUUAUAAAUCCCAAGCUGCGGCCCUGUGAAUGCUUGCUUUCCAGUGGCAAGGCCCCUGAAGUCACUUUAUUUUAUGCACCCAAAUUAAACCAACCCCAAAUUAGUGUCCAGUGUGCUCUCUCUCUCUCUCUCUCUCUCUCUCUCUCUCUCUCUCUCUCCCUCCCUCCCUCCCUCCCUCUUCUCUUCUCUCUCUUCUUUCUCCCUCUAACUCUCUGAAUUUUGGAAAAGUUGUAUAAUUCCCGGGUUAGCUUGGUUUCGAUAUUUUUCUAUGUCAUGAGGGGCAUGAGCUGUCGUAGGGUCACUUCCCUUGAGUUGGCCUCGUCCCUUGUGCUGUGGCUUUAUAUUUGUACAGAGAGCAGAUCAGGACUAAAUUCAUGUUUCGGUGCUACGGCUUAGGGUGGGGGUGGAGGGUAUCAGGCACAGGGGGAUGCUAUAAUGGAACACAGAAUCUUUCUGUGUUAGCCCUCCACCCCUGACUCUCAACCCAGAUUUUGGCUUCACCUAAAUGAUAAAUGGCCCUAUUGUUUAAUCUUUAGAAUUAAAGAGAGAGGGGGGGUAAGAGAGAGAGAAAAAGAACUAAAUCUAGAUUAAACUCAGGACAGAGACCCGUUUCAUUGCACUGUACUUUAAUAUUCCUGAGAUCCAUGGCAUUGCGGGUGGCUCCUUUGAAUAGCCAACCCCUCCAGGGCAGAACACUAUGCUGUCUUUGUUUAAUCUGAUCUUUCAGCUAAACAGGAGAUGGUCACUCAUCCUCACCACUCCUGUGUCCGACUGCACUGCUACUGCUGAGAAACAGACACGCGGGGAAAGGUAGAGGCUUCAGGCAGAACAUUUCAGCGUGUGUUUACAGGCAGGACCGACUUACUCAGCAAUCCUGCUCGGAGGAGCUUCAGCCAAUGAAGAGGCUCUAUCCCAGCUUGCUUGGGGGCUUCUGAGUUUGAGCUGCCUGCAGAAAUGUAAGGCAUUGCUUCCUAGCGCUGAUGGCAAAAUGGGACCCAUCUCCAGUUAUUCCUUGGGCUUCCCAGCUCUGCAGAUCUGGGAGAGAACCUACAUAAACAUAUUGGUGAUGUAGCCAGCUUUCAAGGCUGAGAGAAUCCUUAUGGAUUCGGGAGACUGGUUUUUCAUUUAGAAUUUUCUUUUUCCUUUGGAAGAUGAAAUGCUUCUCUCGUUACCUGCCUUAUAUCUUCAGACCUCCAAAUACCAUCCUCUCUUCCAGCUGCCACACUGAAGGAUCCCCUUUUCCUUGUGCUAUUCACAUGGGCCAACUCCUAUUUAUUGGUCUCCAAAAUGUCCGUUGAGGACCUGGCCUGGCUCCAACUCUCUCCCCACUUUCAGUCUGAGCCCAUUCUCUGUGUUUCCAUGGCGCUUCCAGCAUGCUUGCUGCUUUGGUGAGCAGAGAAUACACACACUGCAGGGCCUACUGAUGGACUCUAAGCAAAAGGAGGUAGGUGGCAUUGUGUUACAUCCAUAAGCAAGAGCCUUGGGUAAUACUGUUCUACCCAAUCCUAGCUCUGAACACCUAUCAUUGUUUGAGGAAGCUUCUAUGAACUCAGUCAUUUAUGUGAAUAUCAAUUUUCUUAUCUGCAAAUGGAAGCUAAUAUUGCCCAGUUCAAGGGGUUGUUUGAAUGAGUAGUGAUGUGGAACAAGAAGCAUUUGGUAUAGGUGCUUCCAGUGGGCCAGCUUACUAGCUAUGUAUCCCUCCCAUGGAUGAAUGACCUCUGAGGGGCCAUAACCAUAUCACUACUAUGAUGGUCCCCAGCUACCUGGUGUGAGUAUAUUUUCAGUACAGGUGUGUUACAGUUUUCAUACAGAGAAACAAAGUCCACACCCUGCGUGAUGAAAAGAAAUGAGAAAAUGGUUUUCUCUUUGGGGCUCAGGAAAAGGUUUUUUGCCUGUGAGUGCUCUCCCACUAACUAUAGAGACAACUUUUGUUUGCUUGAGACAAGUGAUGUGAAAAGCAAUCAGAAUGACAGCGAGAAUCUCAAUAGACUUGUUUUUAAAAGCAACUGUACAUAAUGAGAAACCUAUGAAUGUUUCUUAGCUCCUAUUUUACCGCUUACGAGAUUUCUUGUGGAUGAUAGAAAGAAAGAUACCUCACAUCCCAUCUAUCUUUGCAUGGUCCUUGGUUGAUUUUAUCUGCUUCUCACUCCCACUCCAAGAGGCAUGUGAUUAGUUUGUAGGGGACUUUACUAAGCAAUAUGAAUGAUAUUGGGUAUAGUACUGGAUACCCAAAUGGAUAAAAUGGUAUUUAAUUAAUGGACUCCAGUAAUUAUACUAGAAGAUAUUAACUGUCUCACAAAGGACAGGGCAAAGUUCUCAUAAUCUAGACACAGCUGAGACACAAGAAGGGCCCCACUCUAAAAGGUUCGUGCAUCUCACCUUGUUUGUGCCUAAACUCAUGGCUGUAAUAUUGCCUAGGACCAUAGGAAACUUGAUAGCCACAACUGCCAUUCGUCACACGGUUCCAAGUUGCCAGGUGCAGACCCUCUCGGUCAUUUCCUCUUCUCAGUAGACCUCCAGUGGGUCCGCUUGUUAUACAGUUAAGAGAAUAAAUAACUUACUGAAAUUUCUGGGUAAGAUCAGAGUAUGAAAGUCAAACCUACCUCGACCUGAAUCUAAGCCUGCGGAGAUGUCAGAAGUUAGGUCUCAGAUGAGCAAGGACCAAUAUUUGGUCCCUCCUUGCAAUCAUCAUUGCUUUCCUUUCCUCCUCACCCUUAUAUUUAAAUUCCAUUAUUUUAGAAAAUAACAUGAAAAUGUUAUUCAUGUAUAUAACAUACUUAGGACAAAUUCACCUCUAUACCCAAUCAUGCCCGCUUCUUGCAAAGCCACCAUAUCUUAAAUAGCCCCUCUUCUACUUUCAAACCCAUUUUUUGCCUUUGUUUUUUAUGUUACAAAGGGUGGGACUGUCACAGCACUCCUGUGGAGGCCAAAGGACAACUUGCUGGAGUUGGUUCUUUCUUCCCACUGUGUGGGUUCCAGGGGUGGAACACAGGUUUCAGGUUCUUCCUUUCCCCUGAUUCAUAUCAGCUGUUCCAAUAUCUAUUUAUAAAACUUAGAUUUUUGCAUAUGAGAGAAUAUAUACAUGGUAUUCAUUAUUUGAGUCUCACCUAUUUCACUUAAUGUGGGACUCUUUAAUUUUAUCCAUUAUCUUGGCAAUGACAUAUUUUUGCUCUUCUAGGUGGGUGAAUAGUACUAUAUCAUAUAUUUAGUAUGGUGUUUUAUUCAUUCCUUGGCACUUAGGCCUAUUCUAUAACAUAAUGACAAUGAAUAGAACUUCAGUGGAAGUGGGCAUGCAGAAAGCUCUAUCACAUCCUGACUCGAAUUCUUUAAAUCAUAUAUCCAAGGGAGAUACAGCUCAGUCAUAUGGUAGGUUUGGGAGUUUGGAGGACGUUCCAUGCUGGUAUUCAUAGGCCCUGAAAUAACUUGCUUUCCUAUUUGCACCCUGAUUGCAAUGUAUUGGGCCCCCUUUCCCAUAGUCCUUCCAGCCUUCAUUGUCAUUUGCUCCCUUGAGGAGGAUGAUCAUUCUGAAUUGGGAGAUAAAGGAUCCCAGAGUAUGUUUCAUCUCCUGCGUGGAUAAAGAGUUUAAACAAUUUUUCAUAUAUGUAUCAUCCUUUUUUCUUCUUUUGAAAAUGGCUGGUCAAUUUAUUUUAUUGGUUGACUAGAUUGAUUCAUUUGUUUAUUAAAUUUACCAUAUAUUCUAAGUUACUAAUCCCUUGUCAGAUAAAUAGCUGAGAAGGUGUUCUUCCACUCUGUAGACAGUCUCUUCACCAAGACUACUGCCUGCUUUGCUGUGCUGAAGCUCUCUAACUUUAGCAACCCCAUUGGUUAAUCCUUGAGAGGCUUUCCUAACUAUUGGAAUCCAUUUCAUGAAGCCCAUGCUGCUGGUGUGUAUGUCUCUAAGUGUUUCCCCUCUGCUUUUUUUCUAGUAGCUAUCAAGAUUCGGGUCUUCUAUUAAGGAUUUUGAUCCAUUUUGAAUUGAUUUUUGUACCUGAUGAGAGGUGUGUACUUUCAAUCCUCUACAUGUGGAUAUCGAAUUUUCCCUGCAGCACAUGCUGAAGAGGCUGCACUUUUCCAGGUUAUGGGUUUUGGCCCCUUUGUUCUAGGUCCUACCUUAUUCUAUGAGAAUGAAGUGAUGCCUACUGCAUUAAGAAUAUUGUCCUCUACGUAAACGAAACCUUACUAAAGCUCAAAACACACAUUGCACCUCACACAAUAAUAGUGGGAGAUUUCAACACCCCACUCUCAUCAAUGGACAGAUCAUGGAAACAGAAAUUAAACAGAGACGUAGACAGACUAAGAGAAGUCAUGAGCCAAAUGGACUUAACAGAUAUUUAUAGAACAUUCUAUCCUAAAGCAAAAGGAUAUACCUUCUUCUCAGCUCCUCAUGGUACUUUCUCCAAAAUUGACCAUAUACUUGGUCAAAAAACGGGCCUCAACAGGUACAGAAAGAUAAAAAUAAUACCAUGCGGGCUAUCAGACCACCAAGGCCUAAAGCUGGUCUUCAAUAACAAUAAGGGAAGAAUGCCCACAUAUACGUGGAAGUUGAACAAUGCUCUACUCAACGAUAACCUGGUCAAGGAAGAAAUAAAGAAAGAAAUUAAAGACUUUUUAGAAUUUAAUGAAAAUGAAGGUACAGCAUACCCAAACUUAUGGGACACAAUGAAAGCUGUGCUAAGAGGAAAACUCAUAGCUCUGAGUGCCUGCAGAAAGAAACAUGAAAGAGCAUAUGUCAGCAGCUUGACAGCACACCUAAAAGCUCUAGAACAAAAAGAAGCAAAUACACCCAGGAGGAGUAGAAGGCAGGAAAUAAUCAAACUCAGAGCUGAAAUCAGCCAAGUAGAAACAAAAAGGACCAUAGAAAGAAUCAACAGAACCAAAAGUUGGUUCUUUGAGAAAAUCAACAAGAUAGAUAAACCCUUAGCCAGACUAACGAGAGGACACAGAGAAUGCGUCCAAAUUUACAAAAUCAGAAAUGAAAAGGGAGACAAAACUACAGAUUCAGAGGAAAUUCAAAAAAUCAUCAGAUCUUACUAUAAAAGCCUAUAUUCAAGAAAACUUGAAAAUCUUCAGGAAAUGGACAAUUUCCUAGACAUAUACCAGGUACCGAAGUUAAAUCAGGAACAGAUAAACCAGUUAAACAACCCCAUAACUCCUAAGGAAAUAGAAGAAGUCAUUAAAGAUCUCCCAACCAAAAAGAGCCUAGGUCCAGAUGGGUUUAGUGCAGAAUUCUAUCAGACCUUCAUAGAAGACCUCAUACCAAUAUUAUCCAAACUAUUCCACAAAAUUGAAACAGAUGAAGCACUACUGAAUUCCUUCUAUGAAGCCACAAUUACUCUUAUACCUAAACCACACAAAGACCCAACAAAGGAAGAGAACUUCAGACCAAUUUCCCUUAUGAAUAUCGACACAAAAAUACUCAAUAAAAUUCUGGCAAACCGAAUCCAAGAGCACAUCAAAACAAUCAUCCACCCUGAUCAAGUAGGCUUCAUCCCAGGCAUGCAGGGAUGGUUUAAUAUACGGAAAACCAUCAACGUGAUCCAUUAUAUAAACAAACUGAAAGAACAAAACCACAUGAUCAUUUCAUUAGAUGCUGAGAAAGCAUUUGACAAAAUUCAACACCCCUUCAUGAUAAAAGUCCUGGAAAGAAUAGGAAUUCAAGGCCCAUACCUAAACAUAGUAAAAGCCAUAUACAGCAAACCAGUUGCUAACAUUAAACUAAAUGGAGAGAAACUUGAAGCAAUCCCACUAAAAUCAGGGACUAGACAAGGCUGCCCACUCUCUCCGUACUUAUUCAAUAUAGUUCUUGAAGUUCUAGCCAGAGCAAUCAGACAACAAAAGGAGGUCAAGGGGAUACAGAUCGGAAAAGAAGAAGUCAAAAUAUCACUAUUUGCAGAUGAUAUGAUAGUUUAUUUAAGUGAUCCCAAAAGUUCCACCAAAGAACUACUAAAGCUGAUAAACAACUUCAGCAAAGUGGCUGGGUAUAAAAUUAACUCAAAUAAAUCAGUAGCCUUCCUCUACACAAAAGAGAAACAAGCCGAGAAAGAAAUUAGGGAAACGACACCCUUCAUAAUAGACCCAAAUAAUAUAAAGUACCUCGGUGUGACUUUAACCAAGCAAGUAAAAGAUCUGUACAAUAAGAACUUCAAGACACUGAAGAAAGAAACUGAGGAAGACCUCAGAAGAUGGAAAGAUCUCCCAUGCUCAUGGAUUGGCAGGAUUAAUAUAGUAAAAAUGGCCAUUCUACCAAAAGCGAUCUACAGAUUCAAUGCAAUCCCCAUCAAAAUACCAAUCCAUUUCUUCAAAGAGUUAGACAGAACAAUUUGCAAAUUCAUCUGGAAUAACAAAAAACCCAGGAUAGCUAAAACUAUCCUCAACAAUAAAAGGACUUCAGGGGGAAUCACUAUCCCUGAACUCAAGCAGUAUUACAGAGCAAUAGUGAUAAAAACUGCAUGGUAUUGGUACAGAGACAGACAGAUAGACCAAUGGAACAGAAUUGAAGACCCAGAAAUGAACCCACACACCUGUGGGCACUUGAUUUUUGACAAAGGAGCCAAAACCAUCCAAUGGAAAAAAGAUAGCAUUUUCAGCAAAUGGUGCUGGUUCAACUGGAGGUCAACAUGUAGAAGAAUUCAGAUCGAUCCAUGCUUAUCAUCCUGUACAAAGCUUAAGUCCAAGUGGAUCAAGGACCUCCACAUCAAACCAGAUACACUCAAACUAAUAGAAGAAAAACUAGGGCAGCAUCUCGAACACAUGGGCACUGGAAAAAAUUUCCUGAACAAAACACCAAUGGCUUACGCUCUAAGAUCAAGAAUCGACAAAUGGGAUCUCAUAAAACUGCAAAGCUUCUGUAAGGCAAAGGACACUGUGGUUAGGACAAAAUGGCAACCAACAGAUUGGGAAAAGAUCUUUACCAAUCCUACAACAGAUAGAGGCCUUAUAUCCAAAAUAUACAAAGAACUCAAGAAGUUAGACCGCAGGGAGACAAAUAACCCUAUUAAAAAGGGGUUCAGAGCUAAACAAAGAAUUCACAGCUGAGGAAUGACAAAUGGCUGAGAAACACCUAAAGAAAUGUUCAACAUCUUUAGUCAUAAGGGAAAUGCAAAUCAAAACAACCCUGAGAUUUCACCUCACACCAGUGAGAAUGGCUAAGAUCAAAAACUCAGGUGACAGCAAAUGCUGGCGAGGAUGUGGAGAAAGAGGAACACUCCUCCAUUGUUGGUGGGAUUGCAGACUGGUAAAACCAUUUUCGAAAUCAGUCUGGAGGUUCCUCAGAAAAUUGGACAUUGAACUACCUGAGGAUCCAGCUAUACCUCUCUUGAGCAUAUACCCAAAAGAUGCCCCAACAUAUAAAAAAGACACGUGCUCCACUAUGUUCAUAGCAGCCUUAUUUAUAAUAGCCAGAAGCUGGAAAGAACCCAGAUGCCCUUCAACAGAGGAAUGGAUACAGAAAAUGUGGUACAUCUACACAAUGGAAUAUUACUCAGCUAUCAAAAACAAUGACUUUAUGAAAUUCGUAGGCAAAUGGUUGGAACUGGAAAAUAUCAUCCUGAGUGAGGUAACCCAAUCACAGAAAAACACACAUGGUAUGCACUCAUUGAUAAGUGGCUAUUAGCCCAAAUGCUUGAAUUACCCUAGAUGCCUAGAAUAAAUGAAACUCAAGAUGGAUGAUCAAAAUGUGAAUGCUUCACUCCUUCUUUAAAAGGGGAACAAGAAUACCCUUGGCAAGGAAUAGAGAGGCAAAGAUUAAAACAGACACAGAAGGAACACCCAUUCAGAGCCUGCCCCACAUGUGGCCCAUACAUAUACACCCACCCAAUUAGACAAGAUGGAUGAAGCAAAGAAGUGCAGGCCGACAGGAGCCGGAUGUAGAUCGCUCCUGAGAGACACAGCCAGAAUACAGCAAAUACAGAGGCGAAUGCCAGCAGCAAACCACUGAACUGAGAACAGGACCCCCGUUGAAGGAAUCAGAGAAAGAACUGGAAAGCUCGAAGUGGCUCGAGACCCCAUAUGAACAACAAUGCCAAGCAACCAGAGCUUCCAGGGACUAAGCCACUACCUAAAGUCUAUACAUGGACUGACCCUGGACUCUGACCUCAUAGGUAGCAUUGAAUAUCCUAGUAAGAUCACCAGUGUAAGGGGAAGCCCUGGGUCCUGCUAAGACUGAACCCCCAGUGAACGUGAUUGUUGGGGGAGGGCGGCA